AGCUGCGGAGAGAGAGGACCCCCCCACCCCGGUACCGACCCACUCCCACCCUGGUACCGACCCACUCCCACCCUGGCACUGCCAGCCCCCCCCUAGCCCCCCCAUCCUGGCAGCAUGAGCACCUCGGAAGGCCCCCCAGCCUGAGACCCCCCCAAACAUGGUGCAGAAAUCCCGCAAUGGGGGGGUCUAUCCCGGCCCCACUGGGGAGAAGAAGCUAAAGGUGGGCUUUGUGGGACUGGAUGCGGGACCCCCAGACACAAGCAGGGACGGGGCGCUCCUUAUAGAUGGCUCCGACAAGCGCAGCAGUAUCCUUAUCAAACAGCGGUCGGGGGUGUCAGGCACCGGGAAGCCCCCCAAGCGCAACGCUUUCUAUCGCAAACUGCAGAAUUUCCUCUACAAUGUGCUGGAGAGACCCCGGGGCUGGGCCUUUAUCUAUCAUGCCUAUGUGUUCCUGCUGGUUUUUUCCUGCCUUGUUCUCUCCGUAUUCUCUACCAUUAAGGAGUAUGAGAGCAGCUCGGAGGGAGCCCUUUAUAUCCUGGAAAUUAUAACCAUUGUGGUGUUCGGGGUGGAAUACUUUGUGCGUAUCUGGGCCGCCGGAUGCUGCUGUCGGUACCGCGGUUGGAGGGGGAGGCUGAAAUUUGCCCGCAAACCGUUCUGCGUUAUCGACAUCAUGGUGCUGAUUGCGUCCAUAGCCGUCCUGUCCGCCGGCUCCCAGGGGAAUGUCUUUGCCACAUCAGCCCUCAGGAGUCUCCGGUUCCUUCAGAUUCUCCGUAUGAUCCGGAUGGACCGAAGAGGGGGGACAUGGAAGCUUCUGGGUUCUGUAGUUUACGCACAUAGCAAGGAACUGAUAACGGCUUGGUACAUCGGAUUUCUGUGCCUCAUUCUGGCUUCUUUUCUGGUGUAUCUGGCGGAGAAAGAGGACAACGACAUGUUCGAUACCUACGCAGAUGCCUUGUGGUGGGGCUUGAUCACGUUGACUACCAUUGGUUAUGGAGAUAAGUAUCCAAAGACGUGGAAUGGGCGUCUCCUGGCUGCCACGUUUACUCUCAUUGGCGUCUCGUUCUUUGCUCUUCCUGCGGGGAUCCUGGGCUCUGGAUUUGCCCUGAAGGUUCAAGAACAGCACAGGCAGAAGCAUUUUGAGAAGAGGCGAAAUCCAGCUGCUGGACUCAUACAGUGUGCAUGGAGAUUUUAUGCCACUAACCUCUCGCGGAUGGACCUCCACUCCACCUGGCAGUAUUACGAGCGCACCGUCACUGUGCCGAUGUACAGCUCUCAAACGUACGGUGCAUCCAGGUUGAUUCCCCCCCUGAACCAGCUGGACCUUCUGCGCAACUUGAAGAGCAAAUCAGGACUCACGUUCAGGAAAGAGCAGCAGGCUGAGCCUCCUUCAAGCCAGAAGGUGAGCCUCAAGGAGAGAGUUUUCUCCAGCCCCAGAGGGGUUGCGACUAAGGGCAAAGGCUCACCCCAGUCCCAAGGGAUGCGUCGAUCACCGAGUGCUGACCAGAGCCUGGAGGAGAGUCCUAGCAAGGUGCCCAAGAGUUGGAGUUUUGGAGACAGGAGCCGUACACGGCAAGCGUUCCGCAUCAAGGGGUCAGCAUCCAGGCAAAAUUCUGAAGUAAGUCUCCCUGAAGAAGAGGUGGCUGUGCCUGAAGAGAACAGGAGCUGUAACUGUGAAUUCCUGGCGGAAGAUCUAACUCCCGGUCUCAAGGCUUCCAUCCGAGCUGUGUGCAUCAUGCGUUUUCUGGUGGCCAAACGCAAGUUCAAAGAGAGCCUUAGACCCUAUGACGUAAUGGAUGUGAUAGAGCAGUACUCAGCAGGACACCUGGACAUGCUUGCCAGGAUCAAAAACCUUCAGUCAAGGAUAGAUAUGAUUGUGGGUCCCCCACCCCCUUCAACACCCCGGCAUAAGAAGUAUCCAACCAAAGGAUCAAUCCAUUCUACCAAAGAAUCUCCCCAGCACUCUCCUAGAGUUGACCAGAUUGUUGGACGAGGAGGAUCAAUCACGGAUAAAGACAGAGCCAAAGGGGGCGCUGAAACGGAGAUUCCAGAUGACCCGAGCAUGAUGGGCCGACUGGGCAAGGUUGAGAAGCAGGUGUUGUCCAUGGAGAAGAAGCUGGACUUUCUAGUCAACAUCUACAUGCAGAGGAUGGGAAUCCCACCUUCUGAGACAGAAGCUUACUUUGGGGCCAAGGAUAGGGAACCGGCACCUCCUUACCACAGCCCAGAAGACAGCAGGGAUCCAGUCGACAAGAGCUGCAUUACAAAGAUUAUCCGUUCUUCUAGUUCAAUGGGUCAAAAGAAUUUCAGUGCUCCACCUGCCCAGUUGACUCCUACCACUCACUGCCCUCCAUCGACAUCGUGGCAACAGCAGCAGCCCUAUCACCGGCACAGCCACGGCUCCUCUCCAGUGGGGGAUCCAGGCUCUCUGGUCAGGAUCCCACCACCCCCGUCCCAUGAGCGCUCGCUCUCUGCAUAUGGAGUCAGCAGGAUGGUGGGAGUCGAGGAAGGAUCUGGCAAACAUCGGGACCCGGCAGCCCUGAGAGAUAGCGACACAUCGAUAUCAAUCCCAUCUGUGGACCACGAGGAACUGGAGCGCUCAUUCAGCGGCUUUAGCAUCUCUCAGUCGAAGGAAAACCUUGAAAUUUUGAACAAUGGAGCAGUAGCAGGUCCUGGCCCUUGUCACAAGGUCCGCCCUUAUAUUGCCGAGGGCGAGUCAGACACAGACUCUGAUCUCUGCACCCCUUGUGGCCCACCGGCCAGGUCAACUACUGGAGAAGGACCAUACGGUGAUAUGGGGUGGCCCAGUAGCAAGUGAAAACUUGGGGGGGGGUUUGUUGAAAGUUUUAUAAACAUUGGCAGCCUGCAUUGCAUCUUGGUUAUGCAUCCUAACCAAGCUCUUUUUUUCUUUAGAAAAGGUGCAACCAUAGAAAAGGCGGCUUGGGCACCAGUUGCCACCAGGUGAGGGGGCGAAUCCAGUGCUGCAUCGGUGGUUUUUAUUUCAGGCUGGUCCUGCAACCCUUAAUCAUCUCUAUUAGUGGCUACUAUGAGCUGCCCACGGGCACAUCCCACUGCUGUCUCUGUUCAUAUACUAAACAGUCUAAUCUUUGCCAUUAUUGGCUUUGGAAGACCAGGUUCCUACGGGGCUAUUGUAUACACACAUGUUUCGUAUUUGGGGCAGCCGUCUUCUUUCUUGAAUGUAGAUUAUUUCUGGGAAAUAUGUUUUGGAAACGAUGAAUUUCCGCACAUCGAGAGCACAUCCAUAUAUACCGAUAUCGAGAUUCCGUAUAGUGCCUAAUAUCGACAUAUUACACAGACGUUUGAGUUUAGUUCCAUAAUAAAGAUCUCGGAAUACAAAUCUUCCCAAUUCCUUCAAUGUUCCCCCAACACUGACUUGUUCUUAUAAUAUUUACUUGGUGCACCAGUAUAGGGGCACCUUGUGGGUUUGGGAGCUCAGACCUUGGAGGACUUGGCUGUCCAUUCC